CCUUUUCUUUUUUUUUCUCCUUAUUCCCUUUUUCUUCUUCUGGCCGUAAGAGUCACCGGCGCUUGACGACGAAGUAGGAUGCGGAGCCCACAGCAGUCGCGAGGUGUUAGCUACUUAUUCCUUUUAUAUACCCACAUUAUGACUUAUCACGGUCCGAGCUUCAGGUUUCCCAGCAUUGCCCUUAUAGUCUCAAUUUGAACUUCGGCAAGACAGAGAACGAGGACCUAGUUCAGGUUGAUUUAAUAGGGAUCCAAUCCUAGACCUAUAUUUCAGUCCCCUAGGAGUUGCAUGAACUCUACGAGGUCAUCGUGCAGUGUAGAAUAAAGAAAUGACUUUACCGUUCGUCUCGCCAGCCGGUCUGGACCCUUCUUUCACUAUUUCACGCCCGACAGUGGCCGAUAUUGACGCUCUCUCAGAGGUGUACUUUCAGUCAUUCGCAACAGACCCGGGUAACACAUAUUGGUGGUCACCCGACCGCGAAGCCAUGAGAGACUGGCUUCGCGAUCGUAUUGAAAGGAAAAUGGCCAAUCGCAGCGUUCGCCACUAUCAUGUCGUCGACAACAAAGCGAAAGACAUCGUCGCCUUCGCGCGAUGGGACAUCCCCAAGGGUUUUGACGCCCAGUUUGGCGAAUGGGUAGACAGCAAUUCGGCUCUCGGUGUCUCACAUGUGGCUGCGGAGAAUAAUACCGAGGAGCCGACUGCCACAACACCGACGACUGCUCCAGUCGAGGAGACAGAACCCACAGUCGCGAGCACAAUGGCUGGACCAAGGGGCUCGGACCAAGAACUCUGCCGAUGUUUUUUCUCCGCCUUGUCGAGCUUGUCAAAGAAGUGGAAUGCCGAGGAAAUGCUGGGCCUCUCACUGCUCUGCACGUCCCCCAAGUAUCAUCGCCGCGGCGCUGCUAAGGCACUAUUGACCCCGAUGCUGGCCGUGGCUGACACCGCAGGCCUGCAAUGCUACCUGGAGGCUACACCCGGGGGCCGCCCCGUCUACGAGAAGCUAGGAUUCCGAACGGUAGAGGUCAAAGAGUUUGACAUUGGGGCGUUAACUAGCGGCAGGAUGAAGGGCUUAUACAAGCUUUCCAUAAUGAUCCGAGAGCCUCAAAAGUUGUAAGGGCCGAGAGCCAGUUUCAUCGUACCCGAUAGUAUAACCGUUCUAGCUCAUCUCCUCUUCGAAAAUUCUGUUAGUUCAAUCGAUACUGGGCAUCUACAUGGGUGUGACAGAGAUUCUGCCUUUCGUACAUUACACCACACCUGGUGAAAUUUUGUUCAACUUCCAAUGCCAAUUGACUUAGGCUCCCGGAAUUCCCACAUGUUCUCCUAGUUUUAUGCUCUUGAUUCCCUUCCUCGAAUUGUGAUGACAGGCACGUCUUCAACGGCUUGCAUUCCAGGUGUUCCCAUCAUUCACAUCCCUCUCCAAUCUCAUCAUCAUCCCUUGCCCCAUACCACUUGCCGCAGUGACUAGGUCAGCUCCACCAUUCCCAACCCCGGCGACUCUCCAUCUAGCUCUACAGGAGGUCUCCUUGUUCAAGAUAUCCACCAAGUAAAUUAACAGCUGAUUAACUGCUGGCGGCCAUGGGGUCAGUCCAACGCUUACAUAUAUGUGGUCGAGACAACGCGGCGGUUGCGUCUCCAACUGACUGGACCGCAGCGUCGUAUUGGACCGCGCUCGCUCUUGUCAUGCAGGCCAG